CCCACAAGAGUUUCUUCAAUCUAAAGCCAAAUUGGGUUAAGUCAAUUGUUGUCACUAUAGAUGUUUAGUUCUACAACUCUGCAUCAUCUUCCUCGUCCGAAUCUUCUUCUUCCCAGGAAAGUUAUUUCGAGAAGAAUGAGUACGAAUCCUGCAAUUGAACCAAAAGUUCGCAAAUUUGAAUCUGUUGAAGGAGUUGAUAUUGGUUCAAGAAAUAAAUCCGAUGGUUUUUUUGCUAUUCCUCUUUACUUAUCAAAGCUUGUGGCUUUAUAUAACUGUAUAAGUUUAAGUAGAAUUGGUACUAGUAAUGAGAAUUUUGUGUUUUCAGGUAUCAGAUUCCGUCUUGUUUCAUAUAACAUAUUAGCUCAGGUUUAUGUGAAGAGUGCACUUCUCCCACACUCUCCACCUGCCUGUCUCAAAUGGAAAGCUCGUUCACAUGCAAUUCUCAGCGUUCUCAAAAAUCUCCAGGCUGAUUUCUUUUGUCUGCAGGAAGUAGAUGAGUACGAUAGCUUUUACAGAAAUAACAUGGACUCUCUGGGAUAUUCUGGGAUUUAUAUUCAGAGAACCGGCCAGAGGAAGCGUGAUGGUUGUGCAAUCUUCUACAAGCCAAGCUGUGCAGAGUUAGUCACAAAGGAACGGAUCGAAUAUAAUGAUCUUGUGGACUCAAUAAAAGCAGAUAGUGUUUCCUGCAGCGAACAGAAGAUUGAGACAUCCAACGAAGGAAAAGAUUCUCGAAAAGACAGUCGUGACCUUAAUGAUCCACUAGUGAGACUAAAACGUGAUUGCGUUGGAAUAAUGGCUGCUUUUAGGAUCAACAAGCCGUUUCAGCAUAUCGUUAUCGUGGCAAACACACAUCUUUACUGGGACCCUGAAUUGGCUGAUGUCAAGCUUGCUCAAGCCAAGUAUCUACUGUCACGACUAGCUCAGUUCAAAACACUAAUAUCAGAUGAAUUUGAGUGCACACCUUCAUUGCUACUAGCUGGCGACUUCAAUUCAAUUCCUGGGGAUAUGGUUUGAUUCAGUUUCUUACAUUGAGUUUCCCUAAUUGUUCAAUCUAUUUGCAAAAUCAAAAGAUUGGGUUUACGGUGGUAAAAUCCUGAUACUUGUCGUCGUUUUCCAGGUUUAUAGUUACCUAGUAUCGGGUAAUGCUAAACCCACAGAGACCAUAGAAGAAGAAGAAGCUCCAGUUCCUCUGUCUAGUGUCUAUGAAGUCACAAGAGGAGAGCCUAAGUUCACAAAUUGCACUCCUGGCUUCACAAACACACUUGACUACAUCUUCAUCUCUCCUUCAGACUUCAUUAAACCUGUGAGUAUCCUUCAACUACCUGAGCCGGAUUCUCCAGAUGUUGUCGGUUUCUUACCGAAUCAUCAUCACCCGAGUGAUCAUUUACCUAUAGGAGCUGAGUUUGAGAUUCGUCGGGAAUAGGAAGUUUCGUUCUUUAGAAAGUUUUGUCGCAUAACUCCAUUGUUUCAGCAUUUGAAUAUGGUUCUUGUAGAAAUCAUGAAGCAGUGAAUCAUACACACACAACACAAAGUAUUAAAGGACUUGGAUCAUUUUUGUCUCAAUAAACUCGAAAUUUUCGUUGUGUGCAUUGAAUUACUGAGAAUAUUUGAAUUUUCUUGAGAAGAAAUUGUUU